AUGGAUAAUGUUAUAGGGCAAGAUUUGAUUAGUGAUCUGCCUCGAAAGACUUAUCUUACUUUUAAAGGAUUGACUCGUUUGGAGCUAAUUCGAUGUGAAUUGGACCCUCCUCUGACUUCUAAAGGAUUCUUAUGUUUCAAAUACCUCAAUCUUCAACAAGUUUUAAUUGCCCCCGAUGUUGUUGAAAGUCUCAUAUCAAGUUGCCCUCUUCUUGAGAGUCUAACGUUAUCGUACUUUGAUAGUUUAGCUCUUACUAUCUGUGCUCCGAAUCUCAAACACUUGUGUCUGGAAGGCGAAUUUAAAGACAUAUGUCUCAAAAAUACCCCACUUUUGCUUGCUAUAUCUGUUGCUAUGUAUAUGACUGAUGAUAUUGCCGAGCAUUUUGAACAAAGUUCAAGUUGCAACUUUGAUAAGUUUCUUGGCAGUGUACCAUGCCUUGAGAGACUUAUUGGACAUAUUUACUUCACCAAGUAUUUGAGUAUAGGUAACGACCUAGGAAAACUUCCAGUUGCAUAUAACCAUUUAAAAGUUAUUGAAUUGUAUCAAGUGAGUUUUGAGGACAUGAAAGAGAGACUGGUGGUUCUUCGUUUGAUUGUGAACUCCCCUUGUUUACAAGAACUUCAAAUCUCGGUGAGUAAUCUUAAACUCAUUAAAUAUUUUAUAUUUCAGAUUACAAUGGCCAUUCACUUGUUCAUUUCCUUGUAUUGUUCAAUUUCUAACAUUUUUAUCCUAACCAUAGGAGCCUUAAAACAAUGGAUGUUAGUGUAA